GAAUUUCACAGCCCGUAGUGCAGAAAAAAAUAAACACAUUUAAGAGAAGAAGAGUUAAAAGAGCAAAUACCGGCGAGACCGAUAGUUGGAUUUUAUUUGAACGCCCCUCGGCUAAAAGAGAGAGAGAGAGAGAGAGAGAGAGAGAGGGAGGCAGAGAAAAGUCCACGAGCGCGCAAUCUCUACAAACUUCGUGGGAGCCUUCACGACCACACGAUAGUCUCCUCAUGCGGACUUUAAAGCGUUUUCUCUCGGAUUUCAAAUGUGCACGGUGGAAGAGGGGAUCGAAUCCGCAACCUCCCACCUGCGCGCACACCCACUGACUUACUCUCUCCCAGCGUGGGUUACCUGUCGUGGCAGCAUUAACUUUUUUUUUUUUUUUUUGAAGAACGUGUAUUUUAUACACCAUCAAAGCCGUGUACGGAGUGAGCGGCUUUUAUAGGGAAUCGAAUCCUCCGCACAGUUGCACAGAGUUGGUGCGGAAAUCUCGCCGCCUCUCAUGGGACUGGGGCAUUCGUCGCGGUGUUUGCUGCUACGGCGGAAGAUGGCGGAGGCGGACGGUACCGAGCGUCACCAAGCCGUCACGUCCCACUUCUCCCAGUCCGCCCAGCUGCCCAAACCAGUGCCUAACAACAACGCCAACCAUGUGACCCGCGUGGCCUCGCUGUCCGCCUCUUCCUCACGCGGGAAGGGCGCCAGGUUCAUCAGCCCGGAGGAGAUGACGUCGCGGGAUUACUACUUUGACUCCUACGCCCACUUUGGCAUCCAUGAGGAGAUGCUGAAAGACGAGGUGCGCACGCUCACGUACCGCAACGCCAUGUACCACAACAAACACGUGUUCAAGGACAAGAUCGUGUUGGACGUCGGUAGCGGGACGGGGAUUUUGGCCAUGUUUGCCGCCAACGCCGGCGCCAAGCACGUAUACGGGAUUGAAUGUUCCGGCAUUUCGGAAUAUUCCCAGAAGAUCAUCAAGUCCAAUCACCUUCACAACGUCAUCACCAUCUUCCAGGGCAAGGUGGAGGAGGUGGAGCUCCCCGUGGAGAAGGUGGACAUCAUCAUCUCCGAGUGGAUGGGCUACUGUCUCUUCUACGAGUCCAUGCUCAAUACCGUUAUCUUCGCUAGGGACAAGUGGCUGAAACACGGAGGCCUGAUGUUCCCUGACCGCGCCGCUCUUUACGUGGUGGCCAUCGAGGACAGGCAGUAUAAGGACUUCAAGAUCCACUGGUGGGAGAACGUGUACGGUUUUGACAUGAGCUGCAUUGGCAACGUGGCCAUCAAGGAGCCCCUGGUGGACGUGGUGGACCCCAAGCAGGUGGUCACCAACGCCUGCCUGCUGAAGGAAGUGGACAUCUACACCGUGAAGCCGGACGACCUCUCCUUCACGUCGGCGUUCCGCCUGCAGAUCCAGCGUAACGACUACGUGCACGCGUUGGUCACCUACUUCACCAUCGAGUUCACCAAGUGUCACAAGAAGACCGGCUUCUCCACAGCUCCGGACGCGGCCAGCACGCACUGGAAGCAGACGGUCUUCUACUUGGAGGACUACCUGACGGUGAAGAAAGGCGAGGAGAUACUCGGCAGCGUCGCCGUCAGACCCAAUGAGAAGAACGUGGUAAAAACCUGGCAAUGCACCAGAAAAAGCGUCCUCCUCGCCGCUGAUGCUUUGUCUUCUCGUUUGCACGUCCGCAGCGGGACUUGGAGUUCACGCUGGAUCUGGACUUCAAGGGUCAGCUCUGCGAGGCCGCCAUCUCCCACGACUACAAGAUGCGUUAAGGGACCGCCGGGCUCAACGCGUAACUACCCUCAAAAAAAAAAACACGCCGCGCGAGCUGUGGCGAGGGCAAGCAUCAUGCCGGACGCCAUCUUAUCCUGCCUCCGUGAUGCCUUCGGUGUCAGCAAUAACAAAAACCGUGAAUGUAACAUUGCUUGCAUGACAGGAAGGCCUUUUGCUCGCUUUCGGGAAGCUGACGAGUAAAAAGUUAAGUCGAGCAGUGGUGAAUAAAAUUCCCAACAACAACGCAGAGUCGAGGCCACUUUUCCGGCGUGCCGUUUAGCAAAUGAAAAUAGCCUCAUAUUGCUGUUGUCGUUAUUAAAUAUGAUUACAUCGCCAAAUGAACAUGAUUCUCACUCGCCAUUGGAUAUAACAUUAAUUAGUUGCCCCGCCCCCUCCCUCCUAACAUAGUGAACAAUAAAUCGCAGUUUUAUGGUUGAAUAUGGCCGAUUAUUUGUAUAAAUAUAAUACACAAACUAAACAAAGUCAAAUACAAAUACAAGCCAGAAGUAAUACUAAUAGUAAACUCAUUGUAAUUGUGACUGUAGUACUGCAUUCCGCUAAGCCGCUAAGAAGUACACUGUCCAGAAAUAAACACGUGUUGUCUUUAUGGUAAUACAAAUGUAAAGGAAACUAUAGGGGUGUUAUAGUAUUUUGAGGACUCUAAUAAUGUUAAAAAGCCUAUUUAAAAGAUCCUAAACAGGUUUUCCAUGCAUAUCAUAACUCCUAAAAUAUUCCAUUGAUGAAUACCGAAUGGCGGCACGGCGGUCGAGUGGUUAGCGCGCAGACCUCACAGCUAGGAGACCAGGGUUCAAUUCCCACCCUCGGCCAUCUCUGUGUGGAGUUUGCAUGUUCUCCCCGUGCAUGCGUGGGAUUUCUCCGGGUACUCCGGUUUCCUCCCACAUUCCAAAAACAUGCUAGGUUAAUUAGCCACUCCAAAUUGUCCAUAGGUAUGAAUGUGAGUGUGAAUGGUUGUUUGUCUAUAUGUGCCCUGGGAUUGGCUGGCCAACAGUCCAGGGUGUACCCCGCCUCUCGCCCCAAGACAGCUGGGAUAGGCUCCAGCACCCCCCGCGACCCUCGUGAGGAAAAGCGGUAGAAAAUGAAUGAAUGAAUGAAUACCGAAUCCUACUCGGCCGAAAUGGACUGAUUGUGGUUCAGGUCUGGAACAAAAAGCGCAUUAAACAAGGGAGUACUGUAUAUAUAUAUAUAUGUAUAUAUAUUUUUUAUGCAAUCAAACUACAGCACCACUGCAAUUUCAUCAAGACAGCGAGGAAUACAUCACAGCAUAUCAUAGCAUUUGUUAUUGGACAACUGUGAGACAGGACUUCGGCAGCCUGAGAAAAAUAAAGAAUAUAGGGUGAGGGGAAAUGAUAUAAAAUAUAGUUUCAUUUUUGUAUAAUUCCAAAAAAUAUAUCUUUCUAAAAAUAAUUUUUUGAUUUAUUUUUGUAAAUUUUUUUAUUGUAUUUAAAAUUGUUUUUUUUAUUUAAUAUACAAAAUAAAUGAUUGGGAAUGAAAUACAUGGAAUGAAAAAGCAUCUCCAUGGUAGUGUAGAUUUUUCUUGAUUUUUCUGAAGCUGCCCCACCUCCUGUGAAGUUCUCGGUCUCACACUAGUAUCCACCCCCCUCCCAAAAAAAAAAAAAAAAAAAAAGAGCGCGAACCUGCACUUGGUAGCAUACUAACUUGCUGUCGUCCGAAUCGAGUGUCCUUGCUAAAAACAGUAAUGGACUCCAUGACGGUGCCUUCACUGGCAGCAGGCUUUCUUCUUCAGCGGCUGAGCGCUCAGGAUGACCGUGGUGUCCCUCACCCGGUCCUCUUGCUCCAUCAGCACCCUAAAUGGACAACCCACAGCGUCGUACCGGGCUCCAGUCACACGCUAGCAUCGUCAUCCUACCUGGCCAGGUGGGUGAGGGACUCGGUCACGUUCUUGCUCGUGUAGGCGCUGACCUCGUAGAACAUCACCUUCUUCUCCUGUGCAGGGAAUAACAACCUAUGAGGAGAACCUGACGUCUGAUAACCUUCAAGUAGCCCUAUCAUCCAUCCAUUAAAUAAUAUCAUAUAACGCCACUGAAAGAAAAAAUAUCACAAUGCUAAUCACAAUUAGGAUCAAAAGUGUGACAUAAUCAUGAGAUUAAGUCAUCAAUAUGAGAUAAAAAGUCAAAAUUUGGACAUAAAAGUCAUAAUUCUGAGACAAAAAAAUGUAAUUGUGAGAUAAAAAGUGCAAAGUAUUAUGUCAUUAUGAGAUAAAGUCUUCAAUAUGAGAUAAAAAGUCAAAAUUUGGACAUAAAAGUCAUAAUUCUGAGACAAAAAAAUGUAAUUGUGAGAUAAAAACUCCAAAGUGUUACAUCAUUAUGAGAUAAAGUCAUAAAUAUGAGAUAAAAAGUCGAAAUUUGGACAUUAAAGUCAUAAUUCUGAGACAAAAAAAAUGUAUUUGUGAGAUAAAAAGUCCAAAGUAUUACAUCAUUAUGAGAUAAAGUCAUCAAUAUGAGAUAAAAAGUCAGUAUUUGGACAUAAAAGUCAUAAUUCUGAGACAAAAAAAAUGUAUUUGUGAGAUAAAAAGUCCAAAGUAUUACAUCAUUAUGAGAUAAAGUCAUCAAUAUGAGUUAAAAAGUCAAAAUUUGGACAUAAAAGUCAUAAUUCUGAGACAAAAAAAAAUUAAUUGUGAGAUAAAAAGUCAAAAGUAUUACAUCAUGAGAUAAAGUCAUCAAUAUGAGAUAAAAAGUCAAAAUUUGGACAUAAAAGUCAUAAUUCUGAGACAAAAAAAAUUAAUAGUGAGAUAAAAACUCCAAAGUAUUAAAUCAUUGUGAGAUAAAGUCAUCAAUAUGAGAUAAAAAGUCAAAAUUUGGACAUAAAAGUUGUAAUAUAAUUACAAAAAAUGUAAUUGUGAGAUAAAAAAGUCCAAAUAAUGACAUAUGUUGUGAGAUAAAAUGUCCAAAGUAUUACAUCACUAUGAGAUAGUCAUCAAUAUGAGAUAAAAAGUCAAAAUUUGGACAUAAAAGUCAUAAUUCUGAGACAAAAAAAUUAAUUGUGAGAUUAAAAAAAAGUCAAAAUAAUGACAUAUUUUGUGAGAUAAAAAGUCUAAAGUAUUACAUCAUUAUGAGAUAGUCAUCACAAUGGAUAAGAAUAUAAUCAGAAGAUGGAUAAAAAGUCCAAAUUAUGACAUAAUUAAAAUCUAAUUUGUUAGAAAAACAAAUUCCAAGAUAAAAGAUGUCUUUGCUGGAGCCUUGGUCACGUGUACAUGUAUGUUUUUAACUUUAACUAGGCUAGUAUGUUUACAUAACUCAGGCCAACAUACAGUGCAGGGCAACACAUGUUGUCCUUAAUGCAUUGAUUGUGGUGAAACAGCACCAUCUGGUGGACAACUGAAAGUACGUCAGUUUCAUUCUACACGUUCAUAAAGUGUGGCAGAAAAAGAUCUGAAGGUUUAUGGACACCAACCUGUGCCAGUUGUUCUGCCUCCUUGAAGGACACCUCCCUGUCUCCAUCCAUGUCCAUCUUGUUGCCUAGCAGCAGGAUCUGGACGCCUUCCCCUGCAGCAUCCUAGCAAGACCAGUAUCAGACCAGUAACGCUCACUUUUGGUCCGAGUUUUGGUUGUGUGAGGGACGGAGGUCAGACCUUGACGUUGGCGAGCCAGGGUCUCACGGCCUUGAAGCUCUCCUCCAGCGUGACGUCAUACAUCACCACCACGCCGUCGGCCUUGCGGAAGAACUGCUUGGUGAUGCUACGGUACCUGUGCCAAGAAGAAGAAGAAGAAGAAGAAGAAGAAGAAGAAGAAGCGGGGUUGCUGCCAGAGAGCUGCAGAAUCCAAAAAACAGUCUGCUGAUUUAUCUCCGCUCUCUGCUGAGCUUGCACGUUCAGGUGAUUAGAUGGUGCGAGAAAAAAUAAUGGCCGCUCACCUCUCUUGACCCGCCGUGUCCCACAGCUGCAUGGCGAUCUGCAUAUUGUUGAGGGUUAGGGUCUUCACGCUGAAGUCAAUCCCUGUCAAGAGUCAAGAUGGAUGCAUUAGGCAUAAACAGCCUGGACGGCUCAUCUCUGUCUUAAAUGUCUUAUUUAGCCUGCUAGUGAUGGCCCAAUUGGGUAAUAGUAGCAUAAAGGUGACUGUAGGGGUGCUAUUUCAUGUCAAGAGGGCUCUAUUAAUGUUAAAAACUACUGCUAGUGACAACUACAUUAGGUAGUAGCAGCAUAAAUGUGACUGUAGGGGUGCUAUUUCUUGUAAAGAAGGCUCUACUAAUGUUAAAAACUACUGCUAGUGAUGGCUAGAUUGGUAAUAGCAGCAUAAAGGUGACUGUAGGGGUGCUAUUUCUUGUCUAGAGGGCUCUACUAAUGUUAAAAACUACUGCUAGUGAUGGCUAGAUUGGGUAAUAGGAGCAUUAGGUGACUGUAGGGGUGCUAUUUCUUGUCUAGAGGGCUCUACUAAUGUUAAAAACUACUGCUAGUGACAGCUAAAUUGGGUAAUAGGAGCAUAAAGGUGACUGUAGGGGUGCUAUUUCUUGUCUAGAGGGCUCUACUAAUGUAAAAAACUACUGCUAGUGACAGCUAGAUCGGGUAAUAGUAGCAUAAAGACGACUGUAGGGGUGCUAUUUCUUGUCAAGAG